AUCGCGACCUCCUGUGGUAACAAUAAUGGGCCAUGUUGACCAUGGCAAGACCACUCUUCUCGAUGCUCUGCGCAAUAGCUCUAUUGCCGCUGGAGAAGCAGGUGGAAUUACACAACAUAUUGGAGCUUUCUUAGUUAAGCUACCUUCUGGAGAACAGAUCACUUUUAUCGACACCCCAGGUCAUGCAGCCUUCAACUCCAUGAGAGCAAGGGGUGCUAAUGUAACAGAUAUUGUUGUACUUGUGGUAGCGGCAGAUGAUGGGGUGAAAACACAAACUGUCGAGUCUAUCAGACAUGCUGUGCAUGCUAAAGUGCCGAUAAUUGUUGCCAUAAACAAAACAGAUAAACCAAAGAAGAAUGUGGAUCUUUUGAAACGACAACUUCUUUCACAUGGUAUACAACUUGAAGAAUAUGGAGGUGAUGUACAAGUGGUUGAGAUUUCAGCUUUAAAAGGUACGAACCUGGACAGCCUAACGGAAGCAAUCAUAACACUGGCUGAAAUCAAUGACCUUAAGUCCAAAAAAGAUGCCAACGUCGAAGGCGUGGUCAUUGAGUCCAGGAAAGAUAAGGGAUUAGGGCCUGUGGUUACCGCUCUUGUACAACACGGGGUCAUGACUAAAGGCAAAGUCCUUGUCGCUGGAACUACUUUUGCGAAGGUGCGUCAGAUGUAUGAUGACCGAGGUAAAGUGCUAGACGAAGCACCAGCCUCAACCCCAGUGCAGGUGACUGGAUGGAAAGACCUACCAUCAGCCGGAGAAAAGAUUAUACAUGUUGAGACAGAG